UCGGAGGGUGUCGGAGGAGCCAACAUGAACGUUCCAUCAAAGGAAGCUUUGCUUGAUCGAUAUCAAUGGGUCCUUCCGAGAGGACUGCUGGAGAUACGAUGUAUUUUUUCCUUCCUUCGUUAUUCGGAAAUUCUUUGUUUUCUUUGUUUCCUUUCCCUUAGUUGACAACGGACAUUCGCUCCCGCCCCACUGUAAAAGGUUUGUGCGUCAUCGGUGCCCUCCCUACUCACCGUAUUCCCUCCUAUAACACACUCCCAAAUUACACCAACACAAAAAUCCGUCUUCAUUAGAUCUGCAGCAAUGAUGAGUCCUAUCAAGAAUGUCAUGUUGAUUGGCGCGGGAGGUAACCUCGGUCCCUCGAUCCUCCAAGCCCUCCUCGACGCUCACUUCACAGUCUCCAUUCUCGCCCGGGAAAGCUCCCAAUCCACCUUUCCACCCACGGUCACCGUUCACCGCACCGACUAUUCCUACGCCUCGCUUCUCGCCGUUUUCCAAGGCCAAGAUGCCGUUGUAUCGGCUCUUGGAAGCAGUGCACUGGAACACCAAAACGUGAUCGUCGAUGCCGCUGUCGGCGCGGGCGUCAAGAGGUUCAUCCCCUCAGAGUUUGGAUGUAACACGGUAAACAGGAAGGGCGCCGCCAUCGUCCCGUUCUUUCAGGCAAAAGUCGAUCAAGUGGAGUACUUGAAAAGGAUGGCGGCUGCCCAUCCUUCCUUUACCUGGAGUUCGGUGAUCACGGGCGGAUUUUUUGAUUGGAGUCUGAAAACAGGGUUCAGCGGGUACGAUCUGAACAGGAUGACGGCGACAAUCUACGACGACGGCACCAGGCGCACGUCCACCAGCACUCUCAAAACCAUCGGACUCGCCGUAGCGCGCACAUUGCUCCACCCCGCCGAGACAGCAAACACAUACCUGUACAUCCAGUCGUUUGCCGUUUCGCAAAACGAGGUCCUUGCUGCGUUGGAAGCGGUCAAAGGCGUGGCAUUUGCCGUGACACAUCGCACGACGGAGGCGGCGCGCAUGGAAGGGGCGCAGAAAUUGGCCGCCGGGGAUAUCAUGGCCGGGUAUCUUGAUCUGAUCAUGGCUGCGGUGUGCAGCCCUGGCACGGGGAAUGAUUUUGAGCAGGAGGUGGAAGGCGGCACGACCAAUUCAAUGCUCGGACUCCCAAAAGAAACGCUUGAAGAGGCCAUCAAAGAGGCGUUGGCGUAGGGAACGACUACGUACGUGCUUUGGAAUGUUAGCUAGAUCUGGGGAUGGUGUGCUUUGAGUAUCUUCGACGUUAAAUCUACAUACGCUAUCGUGGUCUACGUUGCAGUAACGACUUGCUAAACUUUGACAAGA